AACCCAAAGAAAUGGUGUUACCUGGCAAGAUAUCUGCUAUCUUUUAUGAAAAAUCAGACCAAGGGCCCUGAAAACAGCAAAACAAUUAUCAAAGAGCAGAGCUGUGGAGGAAUACAGCAUACAUCAGAAUUUCAGAGCAGGACAUCAGAUCUUUAGUGUGAAGAUACACCAGUACUAAACCAGAAACCAUUUGCCUGUGAUAUUUAGACAACAAAACUAAGAAAAUUAAACAGUUGUGAAGGUUGAUCAUGGAAAUCAAAGAGGAAGGAGCAUCAGAAGAAGGCCAGCACUUUCUUCCUACAGCCCAGGCAAAUGACACCGGGGACACUCAGUUUACAAGUAUUCAGAAGGUUUCCAAUGAGCCACAGCUGGAAUUUAUCCUUGCAUGCAAGGAUCUUGUGGCUCCUGUCCGUGAUCGGAAACUGAAUACCGUGGUGCAGAUCUCAGUAAUCCAUCCCGAAGAGCAGAGUCUGAUAAGAUACUCCAGCACUGAAAUUGUGGAGGGAACAAGAGACCCACUGUUCUUGACUGGUGUCACAUUCCCACCGGAGUAUCCCAUCUAUGAGGAGACCAAAAUAAAACUCACAGUCUAUGAUGUCAAGGACAAGUCUCAUGACACCGUAAGUACUUACACUUCUUGAUUUCUUUGGGAAAAGGAGUUGUACUUUUCCAAACUCUUGGACUUUGGAUGCAACUGGUGUUUUUCAAAGAGGGUAUUAAUACUGUGUUUAUACUUGUCGUGUGUUUAUAGUCUGCUGGGUGUUGUUCAAAUUCAUUUGGCUGAUUGCCAAACUGGCAAUUGGUGAGGAGCAAAAGCUUGCAGAACAGAUUUUUCUCAUUUUUAGGAAGGCUGACUUGAUCUCUUGGUUUACAUUUGUGUUGCUGUUGCGUUGAUCUGAAUGGAUGAUAUCAUGAGCAGGAAACAAGUCAAAGACAUUAAAUAACACUUUAAAACUUUCUAGCUAUUGUAAUUAUUCUAAAACCUGGGGAUGCUGAAGUGCUCUACUCUUAGAAUUUUUUGUUUUGUAUACUCUAUUUUUGUCCUGAUGUUGUUACUAGCACCAAAGCCAACAGAGAAGGUAAUAGGACGUUCUAGUUGGGGAAGGGUUAAUUGGCUUCUUUACAUUGAGGCCACGCAAAGUCCUAAUGAUGUCUUGCCCUAGAUAUUUUAGUCUUCUUGCUUGGGCUGGAACUUUCUUCCAGCUGCUAAUCACUUCUGAGUAGGUAUUAGACACUGUCCCUUUGAGGGUACCCUUACAAUUCCUAGACAGGUAAGAAUGUUACUGGGGUUAUGCAGAGGAGAGGGUAUCCUUUGACUUUCUCCCAUUAGUGUGCACUUUUGUGUGUUUUCCAGGCAGGGGAAGGAUGGGAAUCUGAAUGGCAAUAGUGCAGCAUGAGGAAGGAUGUUCUUGAUGGCAGGUGGAGCAGUAGGUUCCAAGAGGGUUCUGGUUGAAACUAAGGGAGGUUUCUGGGCCUGAAGAACAACACAGCGCCUCGUACAGGGGAUGUGUAGCUUUUCACUCUGCCAUUACUUAGGCAUUUCAGUUUUGCCACAAUGAUUCUUUCCUGUACAACACAGCCAGAAGGAACUUACAUUCAGUUCAAUGGUGGGGCAAUUUAAUAGAGGCAACAGAUGUAUAUCAAAGUGUUUUCUAUUCAUCUUAGCCCCAGAAAAGUUUGUUUCCCUAAAAUUGUAGCACAAAUUCACAGUUAAAUGCAUGGAAAACAAAUAGUCAUGGGAGUCUGGAGAAGUUAUUAAGAAGGAAGUUUUUCUAGCUAGACUGUCUGGAUUUAUUACACCUACCAGCUUUCUGACUCUGGGAUAAUUAAUUUUUGGUGCCUCUUUCCCCUUUUAUAUUAUUUAUCUCAUGGGGUUGUGACAAGGAUUAAAGAAAUUAUGCAUGUUUAGAAGACUAGCUGCUACAGAGUAAUUAGCAAAUGCAAGUUGCUGCUAUGACUGCUUAUUGUUUUGGCUACAGCCUCAUAGUUCCUCAUAAAUAGUAAAAUUCAAAUAAGGGGAGAUUAACCAAAAUUUUUUCUAUAUUUAGUACCUUUGCCUUUCUCAAGUGGUCCUACAUUUGUUGUUUCAGACUUUUCUGAAAAAGAGGUGAGAAUUAAGGUGAAAACUGAAAUUGAAAAUAUUUUCUUGGGAGUUUUUUUUUUUCUUUCUAUUCUUCUUGAUUGGGUGUUGGGUAAUGUGAGGUAAAGGAGUAGAUUGAGGGGACACUGAGGGAACAUCUGGACCAGGUUCAAUAGAUUGUGCAUACAGCCUCCACAGUGGAUUUUUUUUUUUUCAGUCUCUGUCAGAGGAGAGAGAGAAAUGAAGGGAACAGAUGAAAAAUAGUGAAGUUGGGGAGGAGGGAAUCUGGUUCAAACAGUUGGUGAGGCAGGCUGAUACAAUUGUACAGAGAAGUAAAGAGCAGAGGUGAUCAGGAUGAAAGGAGAAGCAAGCAGAAACUAUGGAAUUUUAUGUUCUGCAAAGCACUUGAUUACAUUCACUCCUCUAACAGUCCAAAGUACAGACAGAAUAGAGAAUACAGAAAGGGUAGAUUAUAGGAACUAUACUCUUUUGUACCACAGUUACUACCAAAGGUCAAAGGUGUUUCUUUCCUCUUCAGUCCCCUUCACUUAAAAUACGCAUGUAUAUUAAUGCUCUAGAGAUAAACGAUUUUCUUACUCAUUAAUUAUGCUUUUUGUUGAUUUGAGUUCGGGAAACCAAUUAUUUGGAAUCUUUUAAAGACUUUUUCCUUGAUCAGAAGUGUUAUUACAUAAAAGUAUUGGAUGAACUAGAAUCCCUGCUGUGAAAUAAAAUUUUUGAAAUUUGAGUAUACUUAAGAAAUGCAACCAGCUUUCAUUUAUCAAAUCCUGUUAAUUAAAGCAUAACCUCUUCCUCAAAAUAGCUAACAAUUAGCUGCGGUGAUGGAAGUGCAAAUAGAAACACAGUUUGUUAAUAUCCUAGUCGUCCUCAAGGACACUUGUAGACCUUAUUCUGCAUCUUUUCCUCUCAUUUCUUAUGUUUUUCUUUGGGGUGGGGAAAGGAAGCAGGUGCUUUAGAGUACAGUUUAGAAUUAUAACCACUUAACAACCUAAGUGUUUUAAGAUCAUAAUACUUUUAAGUUAUAAGGGAUGAAUUUGUGAAUAUUUGCAUGCUUGGAAAGAUUAAUGAAUUAUCUGCAAAUAUUUAAAAGUAGUUUAACUAUUUGGGUCUAGCAAAUGAUUGGUACAGUUAGACCAACCCAGAGCACUUAGACCUUCUGUAUUGUUGAAUAAUAACUAGUUAAGGCACAUGACUAAGUUGGUUGGAUUUUCCUAUUGAGCUAACUUGGAGUUAAGUAGUAAGAUAAAUGUGUUAGUUUGCCACUUCAUAUUCACUUCCAUACCGAGUAGUAUUAGAUGCUUUUAGAGAGAAAUAAUGGCCUUCCUUUUGUACCUUUGAUGCAGCUGUUACCUUGUUAACUAAUUGUUCUUGUACUCUUUUAAGUACCUUGAACUAAGAUGGACUAUCUUAGUGAUUUCAGCAGAAAUCCAAUCAGUCAUAACAGCAAAUGAGAAGAAUUGAACUGUUGGUUCAGAGUGACUGUUGUUCCCUCCUACUACAUCCUUCAUCUUUCCCACUCAUGGUGGUACCUCCCUGUACAACAGAUGAUCAGAUAAUGCUUGCCAGGUGGGGGUGGGGUCCAACAUAGAGAGUAGGGUCUUCAUUAAGAUUUAAAUGACAUUUUUGACUCUUUUCUACAUUAUGUGGAAAUUAUCUUUUUAAGAGUGUGCUACUAUAAUAUCUAGCUGUUUUGUGGGGGGCGAUGGGGAGGCGCUAUAAAGCCUGAAAUUGAAAUUCAUGGCUAUGAAAGCAAAGCCCAAGUUCUACCAGUGAAGUUGGUGUCUUGGGAAAGUAUACUAGCUAUGUGCCCAUUUUAAAUCUCCUGGGAACAGAAGCAUGGACAAAAGUGUUUUCAGAAUGUUAUGUACAAUAGUCAGCCUUAGGAAGUCCAGCUGGGAUUCUGAGUCUUUCAUAUUACAGUAAAAAUACCAGAGCAAGGAGAAACUUGGAUGGCAAAGACUAUUACUUUCAAAAUUUGUUCUCUUUCCUCACCACCCCCCAUACAACUUGGUGCUUUGCAAGCAUGUGAUUAUGUCACAACAUUGCUUUUGCCUGUGGCUGAACUUUGAAUUUCUGCUCUAUUUUUGUAAAAGUACACACUGACCUCAUUCUUUUUGCUCUGAGGGUAAAUAAAUGUUUUCUGUACUCUCAAGUAAUAAGUGUAUAGGACAAAUGUGGUAUCAAGUAGACACUGAACAUUUCUCAGGUGAGUAUGUAUAUCCUAACACAUUCUUUUUUACUACCAAUUGCUAACAGCACGUUUGAACUUCUCAGGAAAAUUGACCUUAUCAAGAUUGGGUGCAAAUUUAUUGCAUCAUUGUGUUAUACACCUAAGUUCUAGUUUGAUUCCCUAGACAGAACUGUUCAGCUUACUUUUUAUAUUUUAUAUUAUUUCCAUGAAAAUAAAACCAUUUUCUGUGUAGUAUAUGACUUUACUGGAUUUUCACCAUUGACUAUUUAAGAACUCUAACUAUUAAGAAACAAAUUUUUCAAGCUGAAAAUAAUUGAGGUAAUUGAUCUCAGAAAGAUAUUGAGAUUGUUGAUCACUAACUAUACAUCAGACUCUAUGCUUAAUAUGUUAUAGAUGAUUUCUUCUUUAAUCUCCGUAAGACUUCAUUAAAGGAAUUAUAAAGAUGAAGAGUUGGUAUUCUGAGAACUUUAGUCCAUGCAGAGGUGCUUUAUUUUCUCUAGGCUCUGGUGCGGUGCAUACAUUGUUGAUAGGAUUUCCUUCACUUUCACUGCCACUGUAUACUAUUUUAAAUUCAACUGAUACUUUAAAAAUAUUCUUCAUUUGAGCUUAAAAGUUGAUUGAGAAAAAGGCCAGCAUGGUGGAGCAUACCUGAAAUCCUAGCUAUUUGGGAGGUAGAGGUAAGACAAUCACAGUUCAA